AGGUGAGCAGAAAUACGACAAAGUCCUUGUUGUAAGUAGGAUAUUGUAAGGCGACAUCAUCGCCUACCGGUAGAGGUAGCCAAAAAGUGCACAGUUUCUCUAUUAGCAAUGCCAAACCAACAAGAAAGCGUAUCGGAUCCUCGCUCAGAGGCGGCCAAGAAGAAAGAUCUGAUUGCGCGCGGCGAUUACACACCCACACCAGCCGGCAGGACACCCUUCUUUCUAAUUCGCGCCGUUGAACCCUACCUCCAAUACUCGAUUCUUGCCAAUGGCCUCGGCACGUCGCUCCUACAUCGUGUAGGGUUAAGGACGUUACCUCCCGGCCUUCCAACACGUACGGGUAUAUCUCUCGUCGACGGUCUCGGACUUUCACCAUACCGAUUGGCGUUGUUUGGCAUGGCGGUUGGUGCCGCUGUCAAGCAAAACAUAUGGGUCACGGCAUUGUCAGGAGAACCAAUGCCCGUCGGCGGCGCCAUUAGUAUAGGGGUAUUCAACGGCAUAUUCAACAGCUUAGCCAGUUAUGCCUUCCUGAUCUCCGCGACAUCUGCUUCGACAGAGAGUGAUUUUCCACAACCGGCGUUACUCAUCGGUGGUUCCAUGUACGUUGUUGGUAUCGUCACUGAACUCGUUGCGGAAAUCCAACGUAAGCGAUUCAAGGCCGACCCGAACAACAAGGGCAAGGCCUACACCGGUGGAUUGUGGAGCUUUGCUCGCCACAUCAACUACGGGGCAUACACAGUGUGGAGAGCGGGGUACGCCAUGGCCGGUGGAGGCUACACAUUGGGGGCGCUGGUCGGAGCUUUCUUCGCAUGGGAUUUCUCAAACCGUGCUAUUCCCAUUCUAAACGAGUAUUGCGAAAAGCGCUAUGGCGCUCAGUGGGAGGAGUUCAAGCGGAAGACACCAUACAAGUUGAUACCGUAUAUUUACUAGGCCAGAUACGCACGUUGCUGAAGGACUAAAUUGGAUUCC